AUAUAUAUAUAUAUAUAUAUAUGGAUUCGUAGAGAACAUAGAUACUGUAUCUACUGUAGUUACAUUCACCUGUUACAUCAUCAAUAAUAUCCAACCUUAAUCAUCGUUAAUUUAUCCUUCAGUAAUUUAUCCUUCACUUAAUAAUGAUUAAUUAAAAGUAAAUUUUUAUGGAUAUUUACAAUAAUUUAAUUUACUUUUGAUAAAAUCAACCAUUUUUUUCUUAAAUCUAUCAAACAUUAAAUUUAUCCGUCUUUCUUAUUUGUAUAAAUUUUGAAAUUGUAAAAAUAUUAUUCUAUCUUACAUAUAUAAAAAUUAAUGAACAUGCUUUACGGUGGUCCUCUUGGUACUUAUCUUAGUGGUUUAUCAUCAACAUCUUCAUCACCAUCAUCAUCUUCAACCAAUGCAACAUCAUAUCUUAAUUCAUCAAGUUCAGUAUAUAAUUCACCUAGUAAUAGUACAAAUUAUUAUUCUGGAAUAAGUGGAUUAAGACGUAGCAGUUCAAGAUAUCGAAAUUCUACAAGUGGUAAUAAUUUAUCAACAACAUCAACCUCAUUAACUACUACUAAUAGUAGUAAUAUCAGUAAUAAUAAUAGUAAUAGUAAUACUGUAAGUGGAACUAAUCCAUAUUCAUCUUAUUAUACACCACCAGUAAGAAGAAAAUAUGGUACACCUGAAACGGAUACCCCAAAGCCAUCACGAUAUUUAACACGUACACAAGGUCUUUCAAGUAAUAGUGGGAGUGGUAUUGGCAGUGUUGGUGUAGGCAGCAGUUGUAGUGUAACUGGUACAUCAACUUCAUCUUACUCAGGACUUCCACAAUAUCCACGUAGGUCACCAAAUAAAAUUGGUUCAAAUACAAAUUAUACAGUUGGUGGGAUAGGUACUAGUUCAUCAUGGAAUUCGGAUUUGAGUAGUGCUGCAAGUAAAACACCUAAUUACAAACAGUUAUACGAAGAAGAAAAACUGCUAACAAAUGGUUUACGUGAAGAGGUGAAAGCAGCCCAGAAAGAACUGAAAGAAUUAGAAGACGUUUUGGAAAAUUCAGUUGGUAGAAGAAGACCUAGUGAGGUUGAACAAAGGAAAAUAGAAAGAAGAAUAUCAGAAUGUGAACAAGAACUUAAAUUAAUUGAGAAAUUACGUGCUGAAUCUGAAAAAUUACACGCUGAACAUCGAGCACUUAUCCGAGUGGUAUCACGUUUAAACAGAGAACAAUAA